GAUUGAAAGAAGAUGCUGCUGCAGUCUGUGUAGCAUCUCGACCACCGCGACCACCCGGACACCUGGAAGCAUGGCUGCGACCGGAGGGGCCAGCCGGGGGUUCUACUUCAACACCGUGCUGUCUCUGGCCCGCUCUUUAGCCGCUCACCGACAGGCUCCCAUCGAGAAGGUCCAGAAGCUGCAGUGCAUGUGCCCGGUGGACUUCAGAGGGGUCUUCCAGCUCGACGAGAGGAGGAGGGAUGCUGUGAUUGCACUUGGUAUUUUCCUGGUGGAGUCAAGCCUGCAGCAUAAAGAUGCCAUCGUCCCCUACCUGCUCGGGCUCCUCAAAGGGCUUCCUAAGGUUCAGUGGAUUGAAGAAAGCUCAGAGCGGAAAGGGAGAGAAACUCUUCCAGUUGCAGAAAACUUCAGCUUCUGUCUGGUGACGCUGCUGUCGGAUGUCGCUCAGCGGGAUGAGGCCUUACGAGGACAGAUUCUGGAGGCGAUCAUGAACAUCAUGCAGGUCCUGCAGGACAUCUGUAAAACCCCAGAAGCUCAUGAGAAAGAAUACCUGUGCAGGUACACCGUGCCCACACUGCUCGGUGUGGCCAGAGCGUUCGGCCGCUACAGCAACACGGACGAGCCGUUGCUGUCCAAGCUCUUCCCUCGCCCGGUGGCCCCCGUGCUCACAACGGGUGACGACAGCGACGCCGCCCGCCGCCGGUCCUUCAAUGACUUCCGCUCCAUCCUGCCCAGCUCUUUGCUGACGGUGUGCCAGGGAGACACCCUGAGACGGAAAGGCUCGUCCGUGUCCAGCGCCUCACAGCAGGCUAGUCCGGAGCGAGCGGGCCUGGCGCUCAGUUCACCCGCUGAUCCCUCUGCUCAGUACUUCGAAGGCUCUUACCUCCCUGACGGCAGCGCGGUGGACCCCGAUUACUACUUCUCCACCAUCAGCUCCAGCUUCUCGGUGUCGCCGUUGUUCACCGGCAGCAGCAGCGGAGAGUUUCAUGUUCCUCUGGACAUGCUCAGACAGCUCCUGCACAUGGUGGAAGAGUUCGUCUCUGAGUCGUUUCUGAAGUCACUGGAUGACAGCUUGGCCGAACUUGUGGAGGUUAAUCCCAGUUUUCAUCUCUACUACAAAACAUUCAGCGAUCCCAUGUAUGUGGCCAUUUUUAAAAUGUUGAGGGAUACCUUGUACAAUCUGAAAGACCUUCAGGUCGACUAUGUGAAGGAAGUCCACGACUUUGUGCUGGAGCAGUUCAGCAGCAGCCAGUCGGAGCUGCAGAGGAUCCUCCACGACGUGGAGUACCUCCAGAGCGAGCUGAGUCCGCUCAAGCUGCGCUGCCAGGCCAACGCCGCCUGCGUGGACAUCAUGGUGUGGGCCGUGACGGAGGAGCAGGGAGCCGAGAACCUCUGCACCAAGCUGUCAGAGAAGCUGCAGUCCAAGACAUCCAGCAAGGUCAUCAUCGCACACAUGCCUCUUCUCAUCUGCUGCUUACAGGGUUUGGGUCGUCUGUGCGAGCGUUUCCCCGUGGUGGCUCACUCCGUCACCAUGUCUCUCAGAGACUUCCUGGUGGUGCCGUCUCCUGUCCUGGUGAAGCUGUAUAAAUAUCACAGCCAGUGCACUCCAGGAGGCGGAGAGAUAAAGAUCCACGUGACCAACGAACACUCCCAGUCCACUCUGAGCACCAACACCAGCAAGAAGAGCCAGCCGUCCAUGUACGAGCAGCUGAGGGACAUCUCCAUCGACAACAUCUGCAGAUGUCUGAAAGCCGGCCUGACCAUGGACAAUGUCAUCGUGGAAGCUUUUCUGGCCAGCCUGUCCAACCGUCUCUACAUCUAUCAGGAGAAUGACAAGGACGCUCACCUGAUCCCAGACCACACCAUCCGGGCCCUGGGCCACAUUGCGGUGGCCCUGCGGGACACUCCUCGUGUGAUGGAGCCCAUCCUGCAGAUUCUGCAGCAGAAGUUCUGCCAGCCUCCCUCUCAGCUGGAUGUUCUCAUCAUCGACCAGCUGGGCUGCAUGGUCAUCACCGGGAACCAAUACAUCUACCAGGAGGUGUGGAAUCUGUUCCAGCAGAUCAGCGUGAAGGCCAGCUCCAUGGUUUACUCCACCAAGGACUACAAGGACCAUGGAUACAGACAUUGCUCUCUGGCAGUGAUCAAUGCGCUGGGUAACAUUGCUGCCAACCUGCAGGCCGAGCAGAUGGUUGAUGAGUUGCUGGUCAACCUGCUGGAGCUGUUCGUGCAACUCGGCCUGGAGGGGAAGAGAGCCAGCGAGAGGGCGUCGGACAAAGGCCCCGCCCUGAAGGCGUCGAGCAGUGCGGGGAACCUCGGCGUGCUGAUUCCAGUCAUCGCAGUGCUCACCAAGAGGCUGCCGCCCAUCAAAGAAGCAAAGCCCCGUCUGCAGAAGCUCUUCAGGGACUUCUGGCUUUACUCCGUGGUCAUGGGCUUCGCUGUCGAGGGCUCAGGUCUGUGGCCAGAGGAGUGGUACGAAGGAGUGUGUGAGAUCGCUACCAAAUCACCACUGCUGACGUUUCCCAGCGGAGAGCCGCUACGUUCGGAGCUGCAGUACAACUCUGCUCUGAAGAAUGACACAGUCACUCCGGCGGAGCUGAACGACCUGCGCAGCACCAUCAUCAACCUGCUGGACCCUCCUCCUGAGGUGGCGGCUCUCAUCAACAAGCUGGACUUCGCCAUGUCCACCUACCUGCUGUCGGUGUACCGGCUGGAGUACAUGCGGAUGCUUCAUUCUCUGGACUCGGAUCGCUUCCAGGUCAUGUUCAGAUACUUUGAAGACCGAGCGAUACAGAAGGAUAAAUCUGGUAUGAUGCAGUGUGUGAUCGCCGUCAGUGACAAGGUGUUUGAGGUUUUCCUGCAGAUGAUGGCUGACAAAGCAAAGACCAAAGCGCACGAGGAGGAGUUGGAGCGCCACGCUCAGUUUCUUCUGGUCAACUUCAACCACAUCCACAAACGGAUCCGCAGAGUGGCAGACAAAUAUCUGUCCGGCCUGGCUGAGACGUUUCCUCACCUGCUGUGGAGCGGCCGUGUGCUGAAGACCAUGCUGGACAUCCUGCAGACACUCUCGCUGUCCCUCAGUGCUGACAUCCACAAAGACCAGCCGUAUUACGACAUCCCCGACACGCCAUACAGGAUCACUGUACCGGACACGUACGAGGCCCGAGAGAGCAUCGUGAAGGAUUUUGCUGCUCGUUGUGGAGAAAUCCUGAAAGAGGCGAUGAAGUGGGCUCCAUCUGUGACCAAAUCCCACUUGCAGGAGUAUCUGAACAAGCAUCAGAACUGGGUGUCGGGCCUGUCGCAGCACACCGGCCUGGCCAUGGCCACGGAGAGCAUCCUGCAUUUUGCCGGCUAUAACAGGCAGAGCACCACACUCGGAUCCACUCAGCUGACUGAGCGACCGGCCUGUGUGAAGAAGGACUACUCAAACUUCAUGGCCUCUCUCAACCUCAGGAACAGAUACGCCGGAGAGGUGUCCGGUAUGAUCCACUUCGCCCAGGCGGUGCGGGGCCAGUCCGACCUGAGCCGCCUGAUGAUCAAGCAGAUGGGAGAAGCUCUGGACUCGGCUCAGCCCGAAGCUUUCACCGAGGCCAUGUUCAAACUGGCGGCGCUGCUCAUCAGCACCAAAGACUGCGACCCUCAGCUCCUGCACCACCUCUGCUGGUCUCCUCUGAAGAUGUUCACGGAGCACGGCAUGGAGACGGCCAUCGCCUGCUGGGAGUGGCUACUGGCAGCUCGCACGGGCGUGGAAGUGCCGUUCAUGCGGGAGAUGGCGGGUGCGUGGCAGAUGACGGUGGAGCUGAAGAUGGGUUUGUUCUCGGAUGCUCAGGUGGAGGCUGACCCCCUGGCUGCUUCAGAGGAGAGUCAGCCCAUCCCUUGUCCUCCAGAUGUGACCCCUCACCACAUCUGGAUUGAGUUCCUCGUUCAGAGGUUCGAAAUCGCAAAGUACUCCAGUGCGGACCAGGUGGAGAUCUUCGGCAGCCUGAUGCAGCGUUCGCUGUCCCUGAAUGUGGGUGGGGCGAAGAGCAGCCUGAACCGCCACGUGGCUGCCAUCGGGCCUCGGUUCAGGCUGCUCACUCUGGGUCUGGCUCUGCUUCAUUCGGAUGUCGUCACCAACGCCACUGUUCGAAACGUGCUGCGAGAGAAGAUCUACUCUACGGCCUUCGAUUACUUCAGCGUGUCUCCCAAGUUUCCCACCCAGGGCGACAAGCGUCUCCGCGAAGACAUCUGCAUCAUGAUCCGCUUCUACGCCAGCAUCCUGUCCGACAAGAAGUACCUGGCCGCGUGCCACCUGGUCCCUCCCGGUGAGCUUGGUACUACCCCGGCCCCGAGCACUCUCUCUGCGGGGAUAUUCGGAUCGCUUAUCGUGUCCAGCACUUCUCCGAUUUCUAUCCUAAAUAAUCAGGAUGCGUCCCUGAACAGCCUGUCUGUGAUGAACGCCGCUGACCUCCGCAGCAAUGUGGACUCCAGCUCCCGGUCCCAGCAGAGCGGCCAGGGAUGGAUCAACACCUACCCGCUGUCCAGCGGCAUGUCCACCGCCUCCAAGAAGUCAGGUAGUACGUCUAAGAAGAGUAAUCGAGGAACGCAAUUACAUAAAUACUACAUGAAGCGCAGGACUCUGCUGCUGGCCUUACUGGCCAGUGAGAUCGAGCGUCUGACCACGUGGUACAACCCGCUGUCCACCCAGGAGCUGGCCAUCGCCACCGAGCAGUCGGUGGAGACCAGCAUCGCCAACUGGAGGUCCAAAUACAUCAGUCUGACCGAGAAGCAGUGGAAGGACAACGUCAACCUGGCGUGGAGCAUCGCCCCGUACCUGGCCAUGCAGCUCCCGGCCAGGUUUAAGAACGACGCCAUCGUGGCCGAGGUGACCCGGCUGGUGCGCCUGGACCCCGGAGCGGUGAGCGACGUCCCGGAGGCCGUGAAGUUUCUGGUGACGUGGCACACCAUCGACGCCGACUCUCCAGAGCUGAGCCACAUCCUGUGCUGGGCGCCGGCCGACCCGCCCACCGGCCUGUCCUACUUCAGCAGCAUGUACCCCCCUCAUCCUCUCACCGCUCAGUACGGCGUCAAAGUGCUACGUUCCUUUCCUCCCGACGCCAUCCUCUUCUACAUUCCUCAGAUCGUUCAGGCUCUGCGUUACGACAAGAUGGGCUAUGUGAGGGAGUAUAUUUUGUGGGCGGCUCAGAAAUCUCAGCUCCUGGCUCAUCAGUUCAUCUGGAACAUGAAGACUAACAUCUUCAUGGACGAGGAGGGACACCAGAGAGACCCUGACAUCGGGGAGCUGCUGGAGCAGAUGGUGGAGGAGAUCACCGGCUCGCUGUCCGGCCUGGCCAAAGACUUCUACCAGAGAGAGUUCGACUUCUUCAACAAGAUCACCAACAUCUCCGCCAUCAUCAAGCCGGUUCCGAAGGGCGAGGAGAGGAAGCGAGCCUGUCUCAAAGCCCUGUCAGACAUCCGAGUGCAGCCCGGCUGCUACCUGCCGAGUAACCCUGAAGCCAUCGUUCUGGACAUCGAUUAUAAAUCUGGGACGCCCAUGCAGAGCGCCGCCAAAGCACCCUACCUGGCCAAGUUCAAGGUGAAGCGCUGCGGGGUGAGCGAGCUGGAGAGGGAGGGGCUCCGCUGCCCCUCGGACUCUCUGGAGGACGGCGAGGAGAACCCGGACGGCUCCCGCCGGGUCUGCUGGCAGGCGGCCAUCUUUAAAGUGGGCGACGACUGCAGACAGGACAUGCUGGCUCUGCAGAUCAUCGGGCUCUUUAAGAACAUCUUCCAGCUGGUGGGCCUGGAUCUCUUCGUCUUCCCCUACAGAGUGGUCGCCACUGCACCCGGGUGUGGCGUGAUCGAGUGCAUCCCCGACUGCAAAUCCAGAGACCAGCUGGGCCGGCAGACGGACUUCGGGAUGUACGAUUACUUCCGUAAUCAGUACGGGGACGAGUCCACGCUGGCCUUCCAGAAGGCUCGGUAUAACUUCAUCCGCAGCAUGGCGGCGUACAGCCUGCUGCUCUUCCUGCUGCAGAUCAAAGACCGACACAACGGGAACAUCAUGCUGGACAGCAAGGGACACCUCAUCCACAUCGAUUUCGGCUUCAUGUUCGAGAGCUCGCCCGGCGGGAACCUGGGCUGGGAGCCGGACAUCAAGCUGACGGAUGAGAUGGUGAUGAUCAUGGGAGGAAAGAUGGAGGCCACGCCCUUCAAGUGGUUCAUGGAGAUGUGUGUCAGAGGAUAUCUGGCGGUGCGGCCCUACAUGGACGCCGUGGUUUCCCUGGUGACGCUCAUGCUGGACACCGGACUGCCCUGCUUCAGGGGACAAACCAUAAAGCUGCUCAAAGGACGAUUCAAUCCACAGAUGAGCGAGAAAGAUGCAGCGGCGUUCAUGAUCAAAGUCAUCCAGAGCUGCUUCCUCAGCAGCAGGAGCAAAACCUACGACAUGCUGCAGUAUUACCAGAACCAGAUCCCUUACUGACCCCCCAGCCCCGCCUGCAGUCCCGCUUCACCACCGCACCGUCUUUCAGUGUGGCGCCAGGGAGCCGUCCCACCCGCAGAUGUGUCCACUCACCCAGAAGUCACCCUUCAACACACUGAGGUCGCACGGCGAGCCGCCGCCGCCUGGCGAGCCGCCGCCGCACGGCGAGCCGCCGCCUGGCGAGCCGCUGCCACACGGCGAGCCGCCGCCUGGCUAGUCGCUGCCACAUGGCGAGUCGCCGCCUGGCGAGCCGCUGCCACACGGCGAGCCGCCGCCUGGCUAGUCGCUGCCACACGGCGAGCUGCCGCCUGGCGAGCCGCUGCCACACGGCGAGCCGCCGCCUGGCGAGUCGCUGCCACACGGCGAGCCGCCGCCUGGCGAGUCGCUGCCACACGGCGAGCCGCCGCCGCAUUACUGUCUUGACCGUCACUUUUCCGCUGUUUUGUGUUUGUCAUGCUGUAACUCUCCACUUUUAUGCACUUUAUAGAUGACAGUAUUUCAUGUAUUAACCAAGAGAUUACGCCUGAGAGGGUCAAAGGUCAAUCAGUGAGUGUUUCCCCUCACAGGUAUAGAAGUCAUUAGGUAAAUCUGAAGUCAGUAUUUAAGGCUGUAUGCUGUGCUGUCAAAACACAGCGGUUUUUUUUUAGAAGAAUAUUUCAUUUCUAACUCCUGUCAGGUUUUACUGAGAAAUUUUCUUUUCCACAACAGGAACUCAGCUGUUGCCUUGCCAUUGUUUUGCACGUCUGAGUAUUCUGGGGGACAAUGCAGGGAAAAGCAUGAUAAACAGCAAUAACUAACUGGGGAUGCACCACAAUCAUCCUUCAAAAAGAAGAGUUUAAGCACGAUUGCUAGCCUUUAGCUACCUGAAAAGACUCCUGGGCCGGGCGACAUGGACCAAAACACGCCUCUUCCUGUCGUUCCUCAAAAUGGAGAUCACUGAUUCUCCACAAAUACAAUUCCAGAUCAACAGAAACCGUGCUGAAGGCUGGCGGCUGUGGAGGCCUGCAGCUGUGGCUCAACACACUGCAGUGUGUGUCCGCCCACUCGGAUGGAUGAAAGCAGCAGGUCUUCUGUCUUAAAACUAUUUUAACGCAACAGUCUUUAUCAGUAUGAAGGGUGUUGUAUUUCUCUACACUGAACUGUAGUGAAAGGUUGUUUUAUUGUGAGUUAGGGUCUGUUGCCCGGCGCUACCGAGUCCUGAAGUGGAUACUUGUUAAAGCUCGAGUCCGGAGUUUUGAAAGAGAGGUUUUUUUAAUCCAAUGUCUUUAGGCUCCGCCCUCCCUCUGCUUUCUUGAGCGACCAAGCCACGCCCCUUUAAUUGUGCACGCGAAUUAUCUGUGGGGUGAA